AUGAGCUAUCGAACACAAACAAACACGUUAGCGAAGGUUUACUCCAUCAGAGAUGCUGCUGAAAAUAACCUAAAACGCCUUUCAGAGGAAUUCGGCCCAGAUUGGGCGAUGCAGCACAUAGUCCCACAGGUCUUGGAUAUGAUUAAGAACCCGCAUUACUUGUACCGUAUGACGGUUCUUCGUGCUAUUUCUUUACUGGCCCCUGUUAUGGGCUCAGUAAUCACUUGUUCUAAACUGCUUCCUGUAGUUGUUACUGCAUCAAAGGACAGAGUUCCGAAUAUCAAGUUUAAUGUUGCGAAGGUCUUGCAAUCUCUAGUUCUUAUAGUUGACCCGUUUUUGGUGUUCCCUUAUUAUGUAGAUGUUGUAAUCUUACUUGAGAUAGAAACUUUUGACCCGUUUGCUUCUGAAUGGGUCGGAUUAACAAUUGCUUUUGACCGGAAGCAAGUCGGUUGGUUCUGCCGGUUUGAGAUCCAAACGGCUCGGUUUUCAAGCUUUAAUGGUUCGGUCCGGUCUGAAACUUGGAACCAACCAUAUAUAACUGAACCGUUUGGUAUGGUUCAAACUUCAAACCGUCAAACCGCCCGUCAAACCGAACAGUUCGGUUAUAUGGUUGGUUUAAUCUGGCUGAACCAACAGGCUUGCUUCGGUUUGGGUGAUUCGGUGGUUGAGAAAAGCAUCAAGCCAUGUUUGGUAGAGCUGGCGGAGGACCCAGACGUCGAUGUGCGUUAUUUGGCGAACCAAGCUCUUCAAUCAAUCGAUCAAGUGAUGAUGUCUAGCUAA